UUAAUUAUUAAUAUUUUAUAUUAUAUAUAUAUAUAUAUAUAUAAAAUAAUAAAAACAAUUGUUGCAUAUAAUGGAAGAAUAUCCACCUAUUAAUAUUCGUUUAGCAGUAAACAGAGCUGAUUUAAAUUUAUUAAAAAAUAAAGAUAUACAACCUCGAAUAUAUACUCCUGGAGAAGAAAUUUCUAGUCAAUCUGAUUUCUUAAGAGGACAUGGAACAUAUGUAGAUGACGAAAAUACAUUACGUGCAUCUGUAGCUGGUAUUUUAGAAAAAGUAAAUAAACUUAUUUCAAUAAAACCUUUAAAAGCGCGUUAUCAAGGUGAAAUAGGAGAUGUAGUUGUUGGACGUAUAACUGAAGUACAACAAAAACGAUGGAAAGUUGACACAAAUUCCAAACUUGACUCUGUAUUAUUACUCUCCAGUGUUAAUUUACCAGGUGGAGAAUUGAGAAGAAGAUCAGCUGAAGAUGAACAAACUAUGAGACGUUAUCUUCAAGAAGGAGAUUUAAUUUGUGCAGAAGUACAAAGUACUUUUGUAGAUGGUUCUCUUUCAUUACAUACUAGAGUUUUAAAAUAUGGUAAAUUGUCUCAAGGUAUAAUGUUGAAAGUUUCACCAGCUCUUAUAACGAAAAAAACACAUUUUCAUACUUUAGAAAAUGGUGCAAGUUUAAUAUUAGGAAAUAAUGGUUAUAUAUGGAUUGGAGCUAGUAGACAAGAUACUGAUAGAUCAGAAGGUGGUUUCACACAAGAUUUGUCAAGAAUUCCUCAAGUAAACCGUGAAUAACUUGGAAACAACAAGUUACAUCAAAGAAACAUGGAUGCAUGUUUUACUGCAUUUGAUAAAGAUGGAGAUGGAUAUUUAUCUAUUACAGAAUUUGAAUUUAUUUGUCGUGCAUUAUUUCGCAAUGAUCGUGGAAAAAUAUACAAUGUUGAAGAAAAUCAAUUAAAGGAAAUAUAUUCAGUAUUUGACUUGAAUGGAGAUGGGAAAAUUGAUAGAGAAGAAUUUGAAAUAUGUUGGAAUCGUUGGAUUAAAAUAUGCACUCGUCCAAAGAGUGCAUUUUUAAUUGUGGAUGUUCAAAACGAUUUUAUAACAGGUUCCUUAAAUAUUAAACAAUGUGCUGCACAACAUGAUGGUUCAGAAGUAAUUGAACCAAUUAAUCGUUUAUUGGAAACUGUAGAAUUUGAUGCAGUAUUUUAUUCUCUUGAUUGGCAUCCUAUAGAUCAUGUAUCUUUUAUUGAUAAUUUACAUCUAAGAGAAAUUGAUCCCAGUAGUGGAAUCUCAAAAGAAACAGCACAAGUUUAUGAUACCAUAACAUUUAGAGGUCCACCAUUAUUAAAACAACGUCUAUGGCCUCGUCAUUGUAUUCAAGAUUCUUGGGGUGCUGAACUUCAUAAAGAUCUGAAAAUUAUAGAUAAUGCAAUUAAAAUAUAUAAAGGAACUAAUUCAGAAGUAGAUUCAUAUUCAGUUUUUUGGGAUAAUAAAAAGAUGAUGGAAACAAGUUUAUCUUCGCAAUUACAAGAAAAAGGGGCCACUGAUAUAUAUAUCUGUGGAUUAGCCUAUGAUGUUUGUGUUGGAGCUACUGCUGUAGAUGCUCUUACAAGCGGUUAUCGGACUAUUCUCAUUGAUGAUUGUAGUCGGGGAGUAGAUCUUGUUGAUAUUGAAAAAACUAAAGCUACUGUUAUAGCUAAUAAUGGAGUAAUUGUAAAUUCAAGCCAAGUAAAAGCAAUGGUUGAAGGAAAAGAUCGUCGACCAGAACUUGGAUAUAAAUUAGCUAUAGAAAUUAAACAAAAAUUAACUUUUGUAGAUGAUGAUAAUCAAUAAUUUUAUUUUCUUGUAAUUUAAAAAAUAGUACAAAAUAUUAUACAAACAUUAGAUAAAUUAAUACAAUAUUUUA